AUUUUGAACCAACGGAAAUCAUUCACAUCCUAAAGCAUUCAAAAUUCAAAAACCUCCAAUCCCAAGCUUUUUAGACUGUUAUCUUCUCAAGUCUCGGCACAUACAAUACAACAAUGGGUUUUCGUUUACCUAGUAUAAGAAGGGCUUCACUUUCUGCUUACCAAGCAUCUUCAAAAGCAGUUGACACACCAAAGGGCUAUCUUGCAGUGUAUGUCGGAGAGAGAAUGAAGCGGUUUGUGAUUCCCAUAUCAUACUUAUACCAACCUUCUUUCCUUGACUUGUUAAGUCAAGCGGAGGAAGAGUUUGGAUAUGAUCAUCCCAAGGGUGGUCUUACAAUUCCUUGCAGUGAAGAUGUCUUCCAACAUGUAGUUUAUAGAUUGCAUGAGCUAUAAAUCUCACACUAGCUAGGAGACUGACCUAGAUUAGUAUAGACAUUUUGUACCAUAGGCAUCUUCUCAACUUGUAAAGGUCUCCUUUUCUUGAGAAAUAGGGGAAAAAAAGAUCAUUACAAUGACA